CCACAGUUUUGUGCUCUUAUUUUCCUCAUUUUAGUUAUAGGCCUACAUUUAUGGGCCCACUUGUAUUUUUAGAAUUAUUUUAUACUCUUAUCUAAUAUUGAAUAUUUGCGAAACUGUGUGUGUGUGUCUAAAACAUCAGGGAACAAAUAAUGACAUAUAUAAUCUCCAAAAGCCGUAAUCACGGCCAUACAGUUUUCUGGCACACUCAGUUUAACAGUUAAUAUGCUAUUUAUAUUAUUUGGUAAGUAUUCAUAUCUUAAUGAAAGUUUUGCAACUGCUAGCACAUGGUUACCCCAAAUUAAGCCUAAAAUCGUUUAGUUGUAUUAGUGUAUAGUGUAUCACGACCGGCGCUAGGGUUGUGCAGUGCCUUGGGAAAAUACAAAUUUUCGGGGCCUGACUUUUGCCGAGAUAUACCCCUGCCAAUAGAACACGUCAUAGUCAUACUGCAUGCAUGGGCGCCCGCAGGUAGGGGCAAGGUGGGGCACUUGCCCCCCCCCCCUAGAUUGAUUGGAUAAAAAAUUUUUAGACCAAAAUAGACAAAAAAUGUAUUAAAGUAAAGAGAAAAUGAAGAGAAAGUAUCUAAGCUGAUGUCCUGUCCGUUCGUUCACCAUACAAAUAUACAAAUACGCUACAGUUAAUUAAAACUACAUUAAAACAUUACUACAAAUUUUUUGCCCCCCCCCUCCCCCGGAAAGUUAAUCGAUUUUUUUUGCCCCCCCCCCUAGAAAGUUUUCUCCGGGCUCCCAUGACUGCAUGGGUCUCACUGGUCAUAACUGGACACUUCAGAGUUAUACUACAUGGGUCUUACUGGUCAUAACUUAUCACUUCAUAGUCAUACUGCAUAGGUUUUACUGGUCAUUAUUUAUUGUCACGUCAUAGUCAUACUGCAUGGGUCUUACAUGGAUGAUCUCAGGUAAGUUUUAUCAACCUUUAUUUUGAAAAACUUCUUUGUGCAUAUGCCAGGGUUAUCGGCGCUGUCAACAUUAUUUUGUUCGCGACUCGCGAUCACGAUUUUUCGUAAAAGAAUCUGACAGUGGCACAAGCUAUUGAAGACACUGUACUUAUCCUGGAACCAUUUCUCUCAAGAUCUUAUUUGAUAAUUUCUUUUUCCCCUUAAGAAAGGAAUUCUUUUCUAAUGCCACUGCUUUUUCACAUCUUUUUUCCUGGGGUCGCACGCUACAAUAACUGGGCCAUGAGCCGUCCUUUCAGUUCGGACAUGUGCGCGCCCAGGAGUCCUUUCCACAGCCUGGUACAUGAAGGUAUUGCUAUUUUCGUUAUACUGCGACUGCUGUUUCGUUAGCCUUUCUUAUAAAUUGAACAACAGUAUUUUCUGUGUCGACGGGUUUUGGUAAAACAUCAUCUCUAUUCCGGGAUCUGGCAACUGCUUAUCUCUUGACACCGAGGGUUGACGAAGGCAGUGCACACAAGGCAGUAGAUUUCUUUGCAUAGUAUCAUAGUGGAAAACGAGAAGUAAACUAUUUAAAAAAAAAAAAAACAACAACACUUGGACCCAUCGAGUAUUGUCUCGAAAUACCCGUACCUGGUGUAAAAAAAAAACAACAACUGCACCCGGUUAAGCCCUAGUUAAUAUUAGUUAAUUAAUAUACACUAUUAUUAUGGAUACGUGCGGAGGGCGGAGACCCACAAGCACGGGGCUUUGAGCGGUCACCCCGUUCGCCUACCUCUAGCACCGGCCAUGGGUAUCCUAUAUUAGUACUCUAUGGGAGGGGUGGGANAAUUUAAAGGAAAAACAAUGAACUUGUCUUUCAAAAAAAAAAAAGAAGUAAAUGAGUGUUCUUUUGUUUGCAUCAAGUUCAAAAAUAAUUUACGAAACUUAAUUAAAUAGUGGAACCAUUAUUUGAUGUUUCUAAUAUUUAAGGCAAACCUGGAUACAUCAUCGGAUUCUAAAUAUCGUAUUGUUCCGAAUAUUGGCAGCUCCUAAUUAUUAGCCACAAGCUUCUUGGCGUUCUUCGAAUUUUUUUUUCUAAUAAGGUAUUUUUAUUUUAUUAUUUUUGCAGCAUACCGAGUUUUAAAGACUUACAUUAUGGUAAAAAGUGAUAGGCCUACACAUACUUGGAGCACUACGGAAUUCAAUGAUUUUUCUAUCCAUAUAAAAUAUAAUGGCCUAGGCCUGAAAUAGUCUAGACCUUGCUAAGUAUGAAAAAAUUCCAAUAUGUUUUCAAUAUCUUUUUCCUUCACAAAAUAGUUUCAACUUUUAAAUCAGGGCAGGGUGUUAAUGGUAUAAUGCAGGGGUCGGCAACCUUUUGAAACGGAAGAGCCAAAAGUUACAAUUUACCAAAUUUCCCAGUUUUUAAAGAGCCAUUAACAUUUUUAUUUCAAUAUAAUUAUUAAUAUUUGCGCAUGGAACUGGUGAGCCGCAUCUUGACACCAAAAGAGCCGCAUUGCGGCUCGCGAACCCCAGUUUGCCAACCCCUGGUAUAAUGUCAUCACGCUUUAAAAAUAUAGUUAUUAGUGAAAUUUUUGCGAUUCAUAUGCAAUUAAUAUAAAUAAGCCAAAACAUUAAAGAUAUGUAACCUUUUAUUCAAAACUGUAUUUUUAAAAAAAAUCUAUAUUGGAAAUAUAGAAGAAGAGUAAUCAUUACUAUUCUUUUUUUGCGAUAGCCACCUUUUUAAAUGAUUUUUUAAAAGAUUAAUUUACUAAUGAAGUAGUUUGAUCAAACAAUAGUUUAAAUAAAAAUUAUUGAGCUCAAUUCAGCCUAAAUCUGACAAUUAAAAAAAAAACUUAACAUAACCAUCCCCCAAUAAAAUUUAUUUAUCAUAUUAAUAUUGUAGCCUUUUUUUAAGCCCCACCCCCUGUGAUGACAACUUUCAGUACUUGUAUAAACACAAGCAGGUCAAGAGCCACCUAAAUUGUCUCUCUUCUGUUACUUUCCAUUGAGUGCAGAAUGAUGCAAAAUUAAAUUUUCAGAUAUGCGCGUCCCUGCAUUUUGACCGUAUCAAAACAUUUCCGGAGAGACUCAACACCCUCGAUUGCCACCCCCCCCCCCCCACCCACCCCCCUCCCCGUGAAAGUGCGGGGGGGGGGGACCCAACGGUGGGGCAAAAAAAAAUGCCAUGGGGCGCGCAACAACCGAAGUUACCGGCGUGAUUCAGUGUGAUUAUUCAAAACAUAGAACGCGCUUUGAUAUAGCUUUGGUGUUCAAAUCUACAGUCCAAGCCUGGCAAUUACUAUUUGAAAUUAUGUACUUUUUUGUCCAUACCAGCCUUCACUCCCACUUUUUAAAUAAAAAAAAAUUAAUUAAAAAAAUUAUAUUGACUAAUAGUUGUGGUUUCAUUUCCAGUGUUAACUAAAAAAAAUUAAAAACGCCCCCCCCCCCCACCCCCGCCCUCUCUCGGUGUAGACAAUAAGUGAUAGUGAAUAAGUGGUUGAUUUUCUUCUUGCUAUUUGCCUACGAUAAAAGUGAACGGUAUUCAUAAAUGCAAUAAAUGAAAAUAGAAAAAAUAAAAUGCAAUAAUCUAAUCAUUUUCAGAUCUAUGCCCCUGAUUGAAAAGUAGGAUCUGCCAAAUUGGUGUAAUUGACCAGAAUGUCAACAAAAAAAUGGUUAAAGGCAGAACAGGAAGUACUCUGUACUGUGGCGACAAAUUUCUCGUCUACUCUCAGCACUUUAGGCUCAACUCCAAAUAUCAGUAAAAUGUCAAAUAGCGAUAAGAUCCCGUUGUUUCCUAAAGCGAAAUCUAUGUUUAUUCACAGUGGUAAUAUUAUCAAUUGGAAUCGACUUAAGCGGAAACCAAAUCAGAAUUCAACCGAUGAGGUAAUUAAAUGUAAUUAAAUAUGUGAGUUGAAUAACAACAGACAAAAUUAAAAUCAGAAUAUUUUUCCUUAUAAUUUUUUUUAGUCUAUUUGAAUUGAAUGGGUCUUGAUAUACCGGUACAUAAUAAUAAACACUUGUGGGUUUAGAAGAAUUAAAUCUAUAUAUAUUAUGUAGGUAUAGACUAUACUAAAUACUAUAAUAAUGGAUUUUCAUUAACAACAUGACAUAACAUUUUUAUUGUUAAAAUAACAACACUAAAACAUACUGUAAUUUAUUAUCGUGGCCACUUGGCAAUAUAUCAAUGAAACAAAAACACACAUCCAAAAAAUAGACAUAGACAUAGUCGAUCCAAAAGAAUUAAAUAUAAAUGAUAUAAAUAUAAGAAUUAUAAAUUAUAUUAUAUUAUAUUAUAUUAUAGGGUUGCAGUUGCUUUGCCUAAAAUUCUGCUGAGUCACAAUGAAAAGAUGCAUUCUUGAAAUCAAUUUAUCCAAUAAAUUAAUUUAAUUUAAAUAAAUACAAAAUAUAAAUAAGCCAAUAUCUGAAAUAAAUGAGCCAAUUAGACACACAUUUAAAAAAGAGUAGUUAAUAAUUACUUUUUAAAAAUAAGUUAAGACUGACAAGUUUUAAGUUAGUUUUUAAAGGUAAUAAAAUAGACAUAGAUAGGCUACUAUACAAAACUAUACCAUAGACUAUACAAAUUGGAGUUACCCUGUCUAUAGCCUAUGUCAUGAUCAAGUCUCUUUUUAUAAUAUUUUUAUGUACAGCACGGUGAGCCUAGCCCGGGGUACUGCGCAAUAUAAUACCACUUAUUAUUAUUAUUAUAUGCUAUACUACAUAGUCAGAGGCUCUUUAGAACCCUGGUGCAUUCUGACCUGUUACUCACUACCUGGUGAUCUGCCUCUCAGUGCCUGGCCAGCCAGAAGAAGAUUUAAAAUUUAACAAAUUAUGAAUUUUACUAUCAUUAUCUAUAAUGAUCUAUCUGAGCUUUUCAAACAUCUAUUUCUAAAGCUUUCUGAAACUCCACCCUGUCCUUUCUCUAGCAGCCAACUGCAACUUAGUGACAUAGUUUCAGUGUUUGAUUUUGUUUAGUACCAAGUGGUGGCCGCCCAUUUAAGCACAGAAUUUGCUAGUGGCCAGUGAAUCCCAGAGAUGCAUUGUUAUACAAAAUCUCAUGAAUUAUUACACACAUUGUAUAUAUGCACUGUUAAAAGCAUUUCAUUUUAACUUUAAUUUCAAUUAGUUGAACUAGAGUUGCCUGCUUUAGAUUUUCUGAGAAAACAUCGGUAAUACCCCAAUCCGAAGAAAUCAUUUGAAAUGCUGACGAUUUUAUUAUAACUCACAUUUAUAAAAUUGAUGGCUAACAAAGGUAAAUGAGUGCUUUGUUAGGCUGUGUUAAAUUAAUUUUAGCAUUUUGCAACCUCAAGAAAAUUUGUAUCAGUUAUUCAAGAAGCAUUUUGAAUUAUAUUGACUCCCUAAUACUAAUAAUGAUACACAUUGAAAAAUAACAUGAAUUGGAAAUUAUACAUUUAUUUCGUGAUGGAAAACUUAAGUUUCCUUGGCGAGAAAAGGAGUAAAACUCAAAUCCCUUGCCUUUACAGGUUUGUGAAUGCAUUGGGACAACCCUAGGAGCUUACCUGGAGUCUGCUAACAAAACAGAUUUGCAGUACCUCACAGAGUUACGCAAGGUCAACACUGAAAAUAUUCAAGUUCUUGAUGAAAAUGAUCGAGGCGAAGUCAAAAUAACUGGUUAUUAGCAAAAUGUUUACCUUACUAGCUGAGCAUAAGUCUUUGAAAUCUUUAUAUUUCUUUAACUGAUUUUUUAAAAAAAAUUCACGGAAAAAUCUUGAGAAAAAUUAAUUAAUUGUUUUUAAUUAAGAACUUAAAUACCAGAAAUAUUUUUUGUUUUCUUUCUUGUUCAGUAAACUGAGUCUGCAUUUGUAUAUUUGCAGCGCACUUUUUUUAAAGUUUCAAUUAGCUUGUAGACUGAAGGCAACAGUUUGCUAUUUUAAAAACAAUUUUAAAAAUCUAUCUUGCGCAGUCUUUUAUUUCCAUGAGAAAUAAAAAAUUAUUCAAUGAAACAUAUAUUUAGUCUUUGAAUAUAUCCAAUGUGAUUUUGACUAUUAAUCAUUCUGGUAUAUUAAUUUUGUAUCUCUAACCAGUCAAGGUGUUUAUAUGCACACCCCAACCUACAACUGUGAUUAAAGACACUGUAAAUAAAGGUAACUUAUUUUCAAGAUUACAGCAGGGUUUUGAAUUGCAAUUUAAAACUUUUUAUAGGCUUCGGAGCAUCUGAAUUUCUUAUGAUUGUAAGUUUUAGGUUGUUUUUUUUAAAUUUGAGGCAAGCUAGUCAAUGCAUGACAAAGAAAGUUCAUUAUUUAGAUUGAAUGAAGUUUCAUUAUGGGCUUGCCAAUCAAUGUCAAGAAAGUUCAAUAUAUCUUUCUCAAUUUAAAAAAUCUAUUUUAAAUUGUCUGACAUUGUCAGUAUUUCCAAAACUUUUUUUAAAUUUUAUACAUGCUGGUGUAAUAGCCACUUUCAAAUCUGUUAGGGAUUUCAAUGUACAUAUGACUUUAGGCACAUGACAGGAUUGACACUCCUAAUUAUUUUCAGUUUUGAAUGAACUGGGAACAAACUUUGUGGAGACACUCCUGUUGUCUGUUGCACCUGUCAGUGAAGAUGAAGAUGAACCCCAAGACUCUGGUGUACGUUUUAAAAAAAAACAUUUUUUAUUACGGUACAAAAAAUAUUUGGUUUUAUAUUCUUUCAGUGGCUGAAGUAAAAUUAUUGCAUUUAAUUAUCACUUUACUUGGAAAUUAUUCCUGCUUCUUUAAAGAUUUUUGUCUGAAAAACUGAAUUUUAAUUUUACAUUGAUUUCAUCAAGUUAAAUAAAACUGUAUUGCCAACAGCACUCUAUAUUCUAUGUGGCUUAGCUCUCCUUGAAAAUCAUUCAACCAUAUUGGGAAGCUAUGGAGCAGUUAGUUGCUGAAGAUAAAGUUCUCUCUCUUGGCGUCUGUGAUCUCAACAAAGAGGCAUUUGAGGACCUUUACAAUUGGGCUAAGGUACUCAUUCAGGAAAAAUGUAUUUUAGUUUAGAGUACCGGUACACUUCUUGGUUAUUUUCUUCCUCAAAAAUCUAAUAAUCUAUAUUUUGUUCAAAUAUCUUUUAGUCAGUGUUAGAUGUUGCAGAAAAACAAUGUUGGUGUUAGUUUUAAAACUUUGCCACCGUGUCGUCGUUCCCCCCCCCCUCCCCCUCUUAAACAAAAUUACUUGUGUAUUUGAAAUGCUUCUGUCUCCAUACUUUUAAUAGCAAAUUCUUAAUGGAAUGAUAACCUCUUACACAGUUUUUUUUCUUUACAAACAAUUAUAAACUAAGAAAAUUGAAGAUUACAUAUUUUCAUAUGUUGCAGGUGAAACCAAGUAUUGACCAAGUCAAUUUGGAAUCAUGUUGUGUCAUGCCUAAAGAUCUUACAGAGUAUGCUAAGUCUAUUAAUGUUCAGCUGUUGACUCACAAUGACAGACCAGGUAGGUUUUUUUUUUAAAUAUUUAAGUUUAAGUCAAAAUAAUAAAAAAUGUAGGUUUUAUCCCACCUUCUUAUGAUGUAUAUUGCAACAUUUUUUAAAGAAAUAAAAUGGAAGUUGAAUCUCAUAACUACGUCAAUGGACAAUUUAAUAAUUUAUAACAAUAGGAACUAUACAUGUUUUUUUGUUUUUUUUUCAAUAAAAUUUUGUAAGUGAUUACAUAAAUGAUUCUCUACAUUUAGUUACUCCAUCUUUCCUAAUUAUUAUUUAAAACAAUUAAUUUUGGUUUUAAAUUUUGUUUUAAGCUGAAGAUUAUUAUUUGCCAUUUAUGCUUUGUUAGUUUUGAUAAUUUUUAAAAUAUUGAGUAAAGAAUGGAUUUAUUUGGUCAUUAAAACUAAAUGCUAGAUACUUUUGCUUUUCAGUCUUCGUUCCCAAAGAAAAGUUGAAAGAGACUGUCUUGAGUGUGUCUACAGAGAGUGAUAGUGAGUCCUGGGCACCACAGUGGGUUGUCAGAUAUUCUGGAAUUUUAAAGUGUAGGGGCAUUAUAUCAAUGAAAGGCUACAUUUUCCAUGCAGUACGAGACAGGAAGCGAUAAAAUUCUUAAAAGUUGACAAUUGUGCACAAAUCAUAUAAAAUUAGAAGAAAUUAUACAUUAUAUAUGUUUAGAUUAUACAGAACUGGAUCUUACAGGGAAUGUAAAAUACUAGAUAUCCAAUAAUUUAUUGACUACAUCCAAUAGUGUUUCUUUUAAAUAACUUUUCAUCAAAUGAUAUAUAUUUUUAUCAGACAUAAUAAAAAAAAAAGGCGUCAAUACUUUUUAAAAUAUUAAUCUUCCACAAUAUUCUGAACUUUAUCCACUGUGAUCAUGAGCAGCUGUCAGAGAGUUCAGGUGCAAUAGAUGAUUAAAAUACUAAGAAACUGCACCACAGUUGUUUUUCCUCCUAAUAAUCCAAUUACAAGCAAUAGUUUUCAGCAAACUCUAAUAAUAAUGUUAUACCAGGUGGUGGGAACUACACGUAGGAUUUUCUAGGUCAGAUAAUUCUUUUAUUUCUUUUUCAUUAAUCAGAAAUUGAGCCACAUAUCAUGUUGAUUUUUUUAUGUAAGAAAACUCAUGUACUAUGAUUCAAAACACUAAGUUCAAGUAUUUCAAGUCUGCACCAUUAAUAUAUGUCUAUGUUUUAACAAAGUGUACCCAGUAUUCAAAAUUACCAGCAAGCCAGAUAAUGGAAUAAUAAUUAAGGUUAAGGAUAUUUUAUUUUGCUUUUAGGAAAUAUGAUCUAUCCAUACCUUUUUUUCCUUGUUAAAUAUCUCACUAUAGAGAUCUGAUUGUUUUCACUUUCAUUAUACAGUUAUUGAGAGUAUAAUUAGUUGGAUUAAAGUGUGAAUCAUUAUUUGACAAUACUAUGAGGAAAUGCACUGUAUUAAGUUAUAUCACGAUGCAAUCUAGUAUAUUUAUCAUAGAGCUUCGGCAACUUGUAUUUCUAAGUUACACUUGUACCAAUAUUUUUUGGGGAAAAUCAGUAAGGAAAUUACUUCAUGAAUAAUUAUUCCCCUUGUACUAGCAGUACACCUACAUUUUAUAUAGUUUUUCAGGCCAUUUCACAUUAUUUAUAUUUAACGGUUAUUUGUGUGAAAAUUACAAGUUUUGUCAAUAUAAAUUUUUACAUUUAAACAUCACCAUAGAAAGCAACUUUUACAUUACAAAUAGUAUCCUGUGUAAUGAAAAAUGAAGUUACAUGUUUGUAUAAGUAUGCACCAUACUCUGCGUGAAACAUCUGUUUAAUAAAAUAAAUGUGAUACGCCGCAAAGCUUUCCUCACAAAACCAAGUGUUGUUUCAUUUUUGCUAACAGUUUUAUUUGGUUUAUUUUUUUAAUGUGUUCUUUAAAAAUAAAUUAAUAGUGGAACACAAUAUUUUCAACUUUCAAUAAGUUUAUUUACCUGGUCCUUGCACUUUCUAUGUUUUUCCAUAUUAUACUUCAAACAUUUUUUUCUUUUGUUUUCUUUUUUCAUGAUUUUAUUAAAGAAGCCAGGCAAUUAAUUCAAAAUAUAACCUACAUGAUUAAACAUGAGUUUAUGUUUUAGAUUUACUUGUUUUCUGAAAAAUCAUUAAAGAAAGUCCCACGUUUUAAAAUGUUUUUUUGUAAAUAAUAAUAUAAUAAUAAUAAUAAUAAUAAUAAUAUACUAAUUUGCACAUUAUUUAUUUUCGUCAUUGUUAAUUUGUGAAAAUAUUUCAUUGCAUAGUUAUAGUUGUUGCUGAUAUCUUAAAUAAUUAAAACUUGCUAGUUUGUUGGCUUGAAAUUAUCUCCAUGUCUUUGAAAUAUCAAUAUUUAUAUAUUAAAAUAUAUAUAUAUGUGUCAGCAGUUCAGA